AUGGAAGGGACCCAGCCCUUGGACGAGACUGUGGGAAACGCUCCAAGACUGAGAUUCGGGAGGAACAAGCUAUUGGUGGUAGCCUCCGUGAUUCAGGGACUGGGGCUGCUGCUGUGCCUCACCUACAUCUGCCUGCACUUCUAUGCUUCUCAGGUACCAUCUCAGAGUACUUCAACUCAAAGUAUCAGUGUAGGAUUUACCAGGUGUGAAAAUGAGAAAGGUUUCAUCAUCACAUCUCAAAACAAGCAAGAAACCAUGAAGGUGCAAGACAACUCAAUCAUCAUCAACUGUGAUGGAUUUUAUCUCAUUUCCCUGAAGGGCUACUUCUCCCAGGAGGUUAGCCUCGGCCUUCAAUACCGGAAGAGUAGGAAACCCCUACUCCCUCUGAACAAGGUCAGGUCUGUCGACUCCAUCACGGUGGCCUAUCUGGGCUACAAGGACAAAGUCUACUUGAAUGUGACUACUCACAACAUCUCCUGUGAAGACAUACAGGUGAAUGGUGGGGAGCUGAUUCUCAUCCAUCAGAGUCCUGGUGAAUUCUGCGUCCACUGAGGAACUUAUGGAAGCACCUAAGGCAAGCACCAGCAUGAAAGCCAAGCAGGGGAUGGACAGGAGAUUGAUUCUUCAUUGUGAGUGGAGGAGAUGCCCCAGCUCGUCACCCCUAUCACCCAGAUGGCCUCAUGGGAUGUGACCAGAAGCAGAUUCCCUCCCUCGCACCUCAGGGAUAUUUAAAAGUGAUUCUACAUACCAAUUAACCUUAUUUAUCCUCAUGUCUUCUAAAUCACCUAAGCCUCAUCCCCCGUGCCUACCUGGAGUCUGUUAGGUACCUUUGCAAGAAUGAAAACAUAGGCUCCUCUUCCUCAAGACACAUUGUUUCCAUUGGUCAGGUUAUUGUCAUAAUAAACUUACUUCAUUCAAAAAGACAUUGACUCCCAUAUGCUGGAAUUUGGACAUGUGGCACUAUCAAAAUGAAGAGGAAAAAGAAGGAAGGUUAUGAGGCUGUCAAAGCUGCCUCUCCAAGAUUAACUGGUUGUGGUUUGCAUAUUGCCUGUAUACCUCUCUCAUUUGGCAGAGUUCAAAAGGAAAAACUACUUCUGAGCAGCUUUCAGGACUGAAGACAGUUGUCUGAGGAAUACUGAGUGCUCUGGGCUUUUAAAAAUUUACCACUCUGCUUUCCCAGCCUCCAGACAACCUUAACAGAAACUUCCCUUUAAAUCAUCCUGGGGAUAUGAUGCUGAGAUAAAUCUAAUCAGCAGCUUAGGGGAAACUCCGAGAGAUUUUUCUAAGCAAGGAGAGUGAGAUAAUUUAUUGUGAGGGUUAUUUUUAUUGCACAGGAUAGCAGUGAUGCUGGGCCUAUCAGGGGAAAAGGCAAUAGGAAUUUAAGCAGUUAGUCAGGGGAGGAAAACACAUUCUUAAGUACAGAUUGGCAAAGGAACAUGUGCUCAUCCUCCUGCUUGUGCUGAGAUUCCCACUCAGCACGGUGCCUUGUACACAUUUAACACAUUGCUAGUUCCAAAAAAGGAUGCAAUUCUAUACAAAGUGCAACUUUAUGUCAAAGGCACUAAGAAGCUAUUGUAUCUUAGGAAAAGUAAUUCUCUCUCUAGUAAUACUAUAAUACUAUGUAUGAGCUCACAUUAUUCAUUGAGAUAAGGCCCUGUAAUCAGCCAACACCAAGGCUUCAAGAGAGUAGGAGCCCCUUAUAUUUAGUUUAAAUGUCCCUUUUAACUUGACACAGUGUAUUGUAUUUAUGUCAUUAUGGAUGAAUGUGAUUUCUUUUAGAUAAAAUUUCCAAAUGAUUCCUAAGUUCUCCAUGUAUCAAAACUUUUACAAACUUAAACUUUUUGAUAUAAAAAUUUAAUUUAGCAACUGCUUCCCUUUCCAUUUUCAAUAGAGUACAUGACACAUAAUUGAAUCUUUCUGAAUGAUUCUGUGUCAUCAAUACAGUGAUAAGUCCAGGAUCUACAGAAAGAUGGAGGGCUGUUCGCCACUACACUAAAUGGCCCCAGUUAUAUUUGGAUUUUUUUCUGUCUGUUUGAUACAGGUUUUCUAUCUCUUCUUAAGUGUCUAUUGCCGACUAGAAUCCUAACCUCUAUUUUAAUCUGUUAUGGAAAGAAGCUAAGCAAAAAGAAGCUAAUUUUAAAAAUAUUAUAAGUUGAGAAUAACCAAGCUCCGAGUGGCUAUCAAAGCACUCAUAUAAUAAUAGCUAAAGAUUUAUGGAGGGCCCAUGCCCUGGCACUGGGAUAAAUGCUUUACAUGAAUUAUUCUGAGCAAGGACUUUGUGGUAUCUGUCUGGCUACUCAGAGGAUUUAUCUUUGUGUGUGUGUGUGUGUGUGUGUAUGUAUUUGUUUACUUCUUUGUUAUUGACUAUGUUCUGCAGUUACUGUUACUCAAUCCAUGAUAUCUGAAUAAGCAAAUGUUUAUGAAUAUAGGUAAUAUGUAAGAAAAUGUAUGUUUACUUUUUAAGUUUGGAAUUUCUGUCUGUAUUUCUCAUGGAUGUGCAUAUGCCAGGUCUAUGCCUGAUUAUUCUGUGGGUUAAGCUGUCUCUGGUGCCAUGGCCCCUCCUCACGAGGAACCCACUCCCGCUGCUUGCCCCUGGCCUGCUCUUCCGAGCUGGCUUCCUUUAGCCACACAGAGGCGCUUUGCCAUGCACCAGCCCACUUCCCCACCUUCCAGCCCAUCAGAAUAGGCGUAUUCUGUGUCUCAGUCCUUUUAAGUCUUGUCUUCUAAAGGCAUAAUUAACGUUCUCUGGACAUGGCAAGGUUUUGUAGAAAGAGAACUGAGUAGGAAGUCAGGAGAUCAGAGUUCCAAUUUUGACUGAGCCACUAACAAGCCAAGUGAUCUUGAGCAAAUAAUUUCCCAUUGCUGGAUCCUGGUUCUCUCUCUUGUUUUACAAGAGAGGUGCACCAGGUGAUAUCUAAAUCUCUAAAAUUCUAGAAUUUUAUGUUCAUAGCUACCUGGUAAUGUGCACGUAUUAAAUGUAUAUGUACUAGUUGC